GCGUCAAAAACUUUUCAAAUUAGGGCAAUUACGCUCCAUCCCUAAACCCUCCUCCUCCGUCGGUGCUCUGUAUCCCCCAACGCUCGAGAAUGGCCGGCGAUGGGGACAUGGGUGGCUGGACUGAUCUCCUGCAUUCCUCUUCCAAGCUUAUAGAACAAGCUGCUCCUUCCGCGCAGUUUCCUCCGCUUCAGAGGAAUUUGGAUCAGUUGGAGGCGCUUUCGAAGAAGCUGAAAGCAAAAACUCUACGAGCGGAAGCUCCUUCUCAGUCUAUUGCAGCUACUAGGUUAUUAGCUCGAGAGGGAUUAAAUGCAGAGCAGCUAGCUCGUGAUCUGAAGUCCUUUGAGUUGAAGACAACAUUUGAAGAUGUCUUUCCUGCUGAGGCAACUACAGUGGAGGAGUAUCUUCAACAGGUCCAUGAAAUGGCAAUGAUCUCAGCUGUUCAGGAAGCUCAGAAGGACAACCUGAGAAGUUUCAAUGAUUACAUGAUGUCUGUUUUGGAGGAUGACUGGCAAAAGGAAAAAAGGGAUUUUCUACAGAGCUUGGUCCGAAUUACACCACUGCCUAGAACAAAUCCUCAUGACUCUGGCUCUGGGUUUAAUCGCCUGGCUCAAGUUUUGCCUGCGGCUUCUAGUCCCCAGGUUUCAUCUGGUCCAUCUAUCAUAGACCGUGCACCUUCAGCUAGUAGACCUGUUAUUGAAAGAAAGGCUGCAGCUUAUGCGGAAGUUGUGAAGAACCUUAACAAUGCAAGGGAAAACGGCGUAGCCUUCAAGCCUGCGGCAGCUUUCAAAAAUGCAUGUGAUAAUCUGAAACUUGAUGGAUCUGGUGCAAAAUCUGUAAGCAUGAUGAAAAUAUGGCACCUAAUUAUGACAUUAAUGGGCGAGGAUAGAGCUGUUCAACGGAAUGUUUCUAAAAGAAUGUCCCUGGUAAUAGGAGCGAGGCACCAUCUGGAAUGGGGACAUGAGAAGCAUGUGAAGGAUCUGAUUCAGAGUCAUCCCGCUCAGGCUUCACUUGGUGGGGCUGUUGGAAAUCUACAAAGGAUUCACGCAUUCCUUCGGAUUCGCCUAAGGGAUUAUGGAGUUCUGGAUUUCGAUGCGGGCGAUACCCGUCGACAACCUCCAAUAGAUACCACUUGGCAGCAGAUAUAUUUUUGCUUGAGAACUGGAUAUUAUGAUGAUGCUAGAGAAGUUGCUCGAGCAUCUCGUGUCUCACAGCAAUUCACCCCUCUGCUUGCUGAGUGGAUUACUACUGGAGGUAUGGUAUCAGCAGAAACUGCUGCUGCUGCUUCUGAAGAAUGUGAGAAAAUACAACGGAUGGUUGACCGAGUUGGAAGACCUUCAUAUGACAAGAAGAAAUUGCUCUUGUAUGCUAUUAUAUCUGGUUCCAGGCGACUGAUAGAUCGACUUCUCAGAGAAUUGCCUACCAUUUUUAAUACAAUUGAGGAUUUCUUAUGGUUCAUGUUGUCUGCUGUUCGAGAAAGCCCUGAUGGCUCAUCUUAUUCAGUUUCCCGCAGUGAUGGAUCACCCCCCUACAGCUUGGAAGAUCUGCAGGCUUAUCUUAAUAAGUUUGAACCAUCAUAUUAUACAAAGAAUGGGAAAGACCCUUUGGUGUAUCCAUAUGUUUUGCUUUUAAGCAUCCAGCUUCUUCCUGCUGUUCUUCAUUUGUCUAAAGAUGUAGGAGACGAGGCGUAUAGUGUUGAUUCUGUGCACAUAUCAAUAGUGUUGGCAGACUAUGGUGUUCUCUCUGAAGGUUCUGGGCCAGGAACAAAAAUGGGAGUGAUGGAUGCUUUUGCUGAGGCUUCUAGCAUAAUUAGGCAGUAUGGGGCUGCUUAUUUGCGCCAUGGUGACCUGCUAAUGGCACUGGAGUAUUAUGUUCAAGCUGCUGCUGCUGUGGGUGGGGGGCAUUUGUCAUGGAUUGGAAGAGGAAAUGUGGAUCAACAAAGGCAGCGGAUGCUGAUGUUGAAGCAACUUCUUAUGGAGAUUCUGCUUCGUGAUGGUGGCAUAUUUUUGUUGCUUGGCUCAAGGGGUAGAGGGGAAGAGGGCCAGUUGGCAAGGUUUUUCACUGAUGGGGCGACAAGACAUCAGUUUUUGGUUGAAGCUGCUCGGCAGUGUCAAGAUGCUGGUUUGUAUGAUAAGUCCAUUGAAAUUCAGAAAAGGAUUGGAGCAUUUUCGUCUGCAUUAUACACAAUAAACAAGUGCUUAUCAGAGGCCAUUUCUGCCCUAUCACGUGGUGGACUAGAUGGAGAAAGCAGAAUUACGGGACUCAUACAUACUGGCAAUGAGAUCCUGGAGACAUUCAAAUAUUCCCCUGAAAUCAGUCCACAAGAGAGAGCCAGCGUGAUGGAGCAACAGACUGUCACGAGACAGCUCGAGGCAAUCUUAGCCAUCAACAAACUAGCAAGAUCCGGGAACCAUCUGGAUGCCCUGAGGGAGGUCGCAAAGCUUCCAUUUCUUCCCCUCGACCCCAGAGGACCUGACUUGGUCACCGACACUUUCCAAAAUCUAUCGCCUCACGUCGAAGCCUGUGUGCCCGGGCUGCUCAAAGAUGCCCUCAACUGUUUGGAUAAUGUGAAGGACACAGACGGCUCCCUUCGUGCCUUGAGAGCAAAGAUCGCCAACUUGCUCGCCAGCAACUUGAACAGAAACUGGCCGCGCGAUUUGUACGACAAGGUUAGCCGGAGCCUGUGAUUUAGGCAAGGUGCAGUUUAUACAGAAUCAAUCUAUGCAGGUAUCAUUUGUGCUCUAAAGGAUCCGAGGCUUAUCACCAAAUCGGGUAAUUUGGUAUAUUAUUUUAUGUUUUCGGGUAUUUUGAAUCUGAAAUUUUUUAAAUGAAAAAGAUGUUUUUUAUGUGCUGUUUUGAAUUUAUGAAACCAUUAUAAAUAUGCAAUUAAUAUGAUCAUUUAAAUAAUAAAAAAAACUAA